AUGAAAAGUAUCGAAAAGAUAUCGAAAAGUAUCGAAAAGAUAUCAAAAAGUAUCGAAAAGAUAUCGAAAAGUAUCGAAAAGAUAUCGAAAAGUAUCGAUAUAUCGAUAAGUAUCGAUAUAUCGAUAAGUAUCGACAUAUCGAUAAAUAUCGAUAAGUAUCGAAAAGAUAUCGAUAAGUAUCGAAAAGAUAUCGAUAAGUAUCGGAAAAAUAUCGAUAAGUAUCGAAAAGAUAUAGAUAAGUUUCGAAAAGAUAUCGAAAAGUAUCGAAAAGACAUCGAAAAGUAUCGAAAAGUUAUCGAAAAGUAUCGAAAAGAUAUCGAAAAGUAUCGAAAAGUUAUCGAAAAGUAUCGAAAAGAUAUCGAAAAGUAUCGAAAAGAUAUCGAAAAGUAUCGAAAAGAUAUCGAAAAGUAUCGAAAAGAUAUUGAAAAGUAUCGAAAAGAUAUCGAAAAGUAUCUAUAUAUAUCGAAAAUAUCGAUAUAUAAGUACCGAAAAGAUAUCGAAAAGUACCGAAAAGAUAUCGAAAAGUACCGAAAAGAUAUCGAAAAGUAUCGAAAAGAUAUCGAAAAGUAUCGAAAAGUUAUCGAAAAGUAUCGAAAAGAUAUCAAAAAGUAUCGAUAUAUCGAUAAGUAUCGAAAAGAUAUUGAAAAGUAUCGAUAUAUCGAUAAAUAUCGAAAAGUACCGAAAAGAUAUCGAAAAGUACCGAAAAGAUAUCCAAAAGUACCGAAAAGAUAUCGAAAAGUACCGAAAAGAUAUCGAAAAGUACCGAAAAGAUAUCGAAAAGUACCGAAAAAUUUUCGAAAAUAUCGAAAAGAUAUCGAUAAGUAUCGAAAAGAUAUCGAUAAGUAUCGAAAAGAUAUCGAUAAGUAUCGAAAAGAUAUCGAUAAGUAUCGAAAUUUUAUAGAUAAGUAUCGAAAAGAUAUCGAAAAGUAUCGAAAAGAUAUCGAAAAGUAUCGAAAAGACAUCGAAAAGUAUCGAAAAGAUAUCGAAAAGAUAUCGAAAAGUAUCGAAAAGAUAUCGAAAAGUAUCGAAAAGAUAUCGAAAAGUACCGAAAAAAUAUCGAAAAGUAUCGAUAUAUCGAAAAUAUCGAUAUAUAAUGAAAAGUAUCGAAAAGAUAUCGAAAAGUAUCGAAAAGAUAUCGAAAAGUAUCGAAAAGAUAUCGAAAAGUAUCGAAAAGUAUCGAAAAGAUAUCGAAAAGUAUCGAAAAGAUCGAAGAAAAGAUAUCGAAAAUAUCGAUAUAUCGAAAAGUACCGAUAUAUCGAAAAGUACCGAAAAGAUAUCGAAAAGUAUCGAAAAGAUAUCGAAAAGUACCGAAAAGAUAUCGAAAAGUACCGAAAAGAUAUCCAAAAGUACCGAAAAGAUAUCGAAAAGUACCGAAAAGAUAUCGAAAAGUACCGAAAAGAUAUCGAAAAGUACCGAAAAAUUUUCGAAAAGUAUCGAAAAGAUAUCGAUAAGUAUCGAAAAGAUAUCGAUAAGUACUUAUAUAUAAUGAAAAUAUCGAUAUAUAAUGAAAAGUAUCGAAAAGAUAUCGAUAAGUAUCGAAAAGAUAUCGAUAAGUAUCGAAAAGAUAUCGAUAAGUAUCGAAAUUUUAUAGAUAAGUAUCGAAAAGAUAUCGAAAAGUAUCGAAAAGAUAUCGAAAAGUAUCGAAAAGACAUCGAAAAGUAUCGAAAAGAUAUCGAAAAGAUAUCGAAAAGUAUCGAAAAGAUAUCUAAAAGUAUCGAAAAGAUAUCGAAAAGUACCGAAAAAAUAUCGAAAAGUAUCGAUAUAUCGAAAAAUAUCGAAAAGUACCGAGAAGAUAUCGAAAAGUACCGAAAAGAUAUCGAAAAGUAUCGAAAAGAUAUCGAAAAGUAUCGAAAAGAUAUCGAACAGUAUCGAUAUAUAUCGAAAAGCAUCGAUAUAUAUCGAAAAGUAUCUAUAUAUAAGGAAAAGUAUCGAUAUAUAAGGAAAAUAUCGAUAUAUAAUGAAAAGUAUCGAAAAGAUAUCGAAAAGUAUCGAAAAGAUAUCAAAAAGUACCGAAAAGAUAUCGAAAAGUAUCGAAAAGAUAUCGAAAAGUAUCGAUAUAUCGAUAAGUAUCGAUAUAUCGAUAAGUAUCGACAUAUCGAUAAUACCGAUAUAUCGAAAAGUACCGAAAAGAUAUCGAAAAGUAUCGAAAAGAUAUCGAAAAGUAUCGAAAAGAUAUCGAAAAGUAGCGAAAUAAUAUCGAAAAGUAUCGAAAAGAUAUCGAAAAGUAUCGAAAAGAUAUCGAAAAAUAUCGAUAAGUAUCGAAAAGAUAUCGAUAAGUAUCGAAAAGAUAUCGAUAAGUAUCGGAAAGAUAUCGAUAAGUAUCGAAAAGAUAUAGAUAAGUUUCGAAAAGAUAUCGAAAAGUAUCGAAAAGACAUCGAAAAGUAUCGAAAAGUUAUCGAAAAGUAUCGAAAAGAUAUCGAAAAGUAUCGAAAAGUUAUCGAAAAGUAUCGAAAAGAUAUCGAAAAGUAUCGAAAAGAUAUCGAAAAGUAUCGAAAAGAUAUCGAAAAGUAUCGAAAAGAUAUUGAAAAGUAUCGAAAAGAUAUCGAAAAGUAUCUAUAUAUAUCGAAAAUAUCGAUAUAUAAGUACCGAAAAGAUAUCGAAAAGUACCGAAAAGAUAUCGAAAAGUACCGAAAAGAUAUCGAAAAGUAUCGAAAAGAUAUCGAAAAGUAUCGAAAAGUUAUCGAAAAGUAUCGAAAAGAUAUCAAAAAGUAUCGAUAUAUCGAUAAGUAUCGAAAAGAUAUCGAAAAGUAUCGAUAUAUCGAUAAUAUCGAUAUAUCGAUAAGUAUUGAUAUAUCCGAUAUAUCGAUAAGUAUCGAUAUAUCGAAAAAUAUCGAAAAGUACCGAAAAGAUAUCCAAAAGUACGGAAAAGGUAUCGAAAAGUACCGAAAAGGUAUCGAAAAGUACCGAAAAUAUAUCGAAAAGUAUCGAAAAGAUAUCGAAAAGUAUCGAAAAAAUAUCGAAAAGUAUCGAAAAGAUAUUGAAAAGUAUCGAAAAGAUAUCGAAAAGUAUCUAUAUAUAAUGAAAAUAUCGAUAUAUAAUGAAAAGUAUCGAAAAGAUAUCGAUAAGUAUCGAAAAGAUAUCGAUAAGUAUCGAAAAGAUAUCGAUAAGUAUCGAAAAGAUAUCGAUAAGUAUCGAAAAGAUAUAGAUAAGUAUCGAAAAGGUAUCGAUAAGUAUCGAAAAGAUAUCGAAAAGUAUCGAAAAGAUAUCGAAAAGUAUCGAAAAGACAUCGAAAAGUAUCGAAAAGAUAUCGAAAAGAUAUCGAAAAGUAUCGAAAAGAUAUCGAAAAGUAUCGAAAAGAUAUCGAAAAGUAUCUAUAUAUAUCGAAAAAAUCGAUAUAUCGAUAAGUACCGAAAAGAUAUCGAAAAGUACCGAAAAGAUAUCGAAAAGUACCGAAAAGAUAUCGAAAAGUACCGAAAAGAUAUCAAAAAGUACCGAAAAGAUAUCGAAAAGUACCGAAAAGAUAUCGAAAAGUACCGAAAAGAUUUCGAAAAGUACCGAAAAGAUAUCGAAAAGUACCGAAAAGAUAUCGAAAAGUACCGAAAAGAUAUCGAAAAGUACCGAAAAGAUAUCGAAAAGUACCGAAAAGAUAUCGAAAAGUACCGAAAAGAUAUCGAAAAGUACCGAAAAGAUAUCGACAAGUACCGAAAAGAUAUCGAAAAGUACCGAAAAGAUAUCGAAAAGUAUCGAAAAGAUAUCGAAAAGUAUCGUUAA